UGCAUAUGUGUGAAUGUGUGUCUGUGUGCAUGCCCUGCUCUGCUAAACUGCCUCGCAUGCCACUGACAUAAAUCUGUUUUCAGCCUGACCAGGGUGUUCCUGAUGGAUGGUUAAAGAGCUUACUUCUGCCACUUCCUCUCUGGUAUUCCUCCCAAAGACUUCAUUCAGAAAGAUAUUGUUUACUGAAAGAAUGGGCAGAUAGUUAGAAGCCAGCCCUCUUCUUCGUGGAAGCUAACCUGUGGAUCCUGAAGGAUGGAAAUAGUUGAAGCGAGCUUACUUGAGAAUGGCACCAAUAUCACUGCUUUCCUGUGUGAUAUCCUCUUGGAAAAUGACACUUUUUUCUGUGUGGAUGAUCCACCUUAUUCUUCAAGAGAUCUGCACCAGAUAAUCCGGAUUCUGCUGUACUGUUUGAUAUUUCUGCUCAGUGUUUUGGGGAACAUUCUGGUCAUCACAGUGCUGAUACGAAACAAACGGAUGAGAACAGUCACUAACACAUUUCUGCUGUCACUGGCUGUCAGCGACCUGAUGCUCUGCCUCUUCUGCAUGCCAUUCACUCUCAUUCCCAACCUGCUGAAAGAUUUUAUUUUUGGGAGUGCUGUUUGCAAAACUGCCACUUAUUUCAUGGGUAUCUCUGUAAGUGUGUCUACAUUCAACCUGGUUGCCAUCUCUCUGGAGAGAUACAGUGCUAUUUGCAAACCUCUACAGUCCAGGGUCUGGCAGACCAAAUCUCACGCCUUGAAAGUGAUUGCUGCUACCUGGUGUGUUUCCUUUACUAUCAUGUCACCAUACCCAAUUUACAGCAAACUGGUACCUUUUACCAAGUAUAACAACAGCACGGCAAACAUGUGUCGGCUCCUUUGGCCAAGUGAUGUCAUUCAGCAGUCCUGGUACACUUUCCUGCUACUCAUACUCUUUCUUAUACCUGGGACUAUAAUGAUGGUUGCAUAUGGCCUAAUUUCUUUGGAACUCUACAGAGGAAUAAAAUUUGAUGCCAGCCAGAGAAAAUUUUCUAGAGAAAGGAAAAUAAGUACCAGCAGUGCCAAAUACGAGGAUGGAGAUGGAUGCUACCUGCAAAAAUCCAAAAGGAAAAGGAAAGUGCCGUUGCAACAGCUCUCUGCUCUGAGCAACAGCAAAAUAGACAGGGCGAGAAGCAGCAGCUCUUCUGCCAAAUUGAUGGCCAAGAAACUCGUCAUCCGCAUGUUGAUAGUGAUAGUGAUUUUGUUUUUCCUUUGCUGGACUCCCAUCUUCAGUGUAAAUGCCUGGCGCGCCUUUGACACCACCUCAGCAGACCUGCACCUCUCGGGAGCUCCCAUCUCCUUUAUUCACUUGUUGUCCUACACCUCUGCCUGCGUGAACCCUAUCAUAUAUUGCUUCAUGAACAAGCGCUUCCGCAUGGGCUUUCUAGCCACUUUCACCUGCUGUGCUAAGCAAAAACCUCCUGCAGUAAAAGAUGUUGGUGAUGAAGAGGAGGUGAAGACAACACGGGCUUCGCUCUCUAAAUGUUCUUACACACACAUGAACAUAUCUGCACCCCCGUGAGCUGCAUCAGAAGAGGCUGCAAGUGCCCUGCAGAAAUUCAGGUGGCUAUUGUCUGGUGUGGGAAAGUGACUGUGGCAUCAGCUGAACAUUAUUUAGUUCUGAGGUAAUGAAACACUUCAGCUGACAGUAAAUGUGGUAAGAAUUGAAAUGAAUGCUAUCCCUGUCCGAGCUUUAUAUCACUUUCCUUUCAGAAGUACAAAGGAGAAAGAGGGCUCUUUGAAGAUAAGGGACUUUAUACAAAGCCUUAAAAGGUGGUCAUAAAUUUAUUUGUCAUAAAUUCUCCUGUAAAAAGACUGGCGUCCUUAACAUCAACAGUUUAGCUUCGUUUUCAGCUGCAGUUCUGAGUAUCUCUUAAAAUUUCCAAGAUGCUAGUAGAUUCUCCUCAAGCAUAAAUAAAUGUAUUACAGUGUUUACUUCAGUAUCUCUGCCUUAUAAUCAAAAUCAUUCAGUUACAUUUGUAGUAUAUUUUUUCACAUUGUUUCAGCUGAACUAAUACGUGUUGAGAUCAUUCUGGUGUCACAGUCAGUUAAAAGAAUUUUGGUGUGGGGAGAAUGGGCUUGUCCAUGUGGAAAUAAUGCUAUUACGUAAAAUAAUUUCAUCCUUUUUUAAAAUAAAAUGAAAAUAAAUAUUGAUGACUUAAAGUGUGGAUGGAAUGCAUUCUUCACCUCGGCAGUAACCUAUGAUAAAUUUAGAUCAUUUAAUGUAUUUUCUGUUUAAAUUAAAACAAAACAAAACACAACAACAACAAAAAACAUAGAACAACCACAAAGAAGCCGCUUUCUUCCCUGUGGCUGCAAGCACCCAUGCAUGCAAGGGGCAGGAUCUGAGAUGGACCCCAAAGGCUGACAUGGAAAUUGUCACACUGGGAAGCAGAGGAAGACAGGCAAAGAGAUGCUCGUACAAAAGACUCGGGACUGAAGACCUGGAGCGAUGCCCACAGUAAUAACACGUUUUGCAAGUAUAUUCACAGUCGCUCCUGUUGCAGUACUGCACACAUGAAAAUAAAAGCCACUAGGUGUAGAAAAGCAGAAACAGCACAAAAAAUGAGCACAGACUGAAAGACUUCAUCAUAAAGUGUGCUUUCUUCCUAAACUUUGGAACUAU